GUGAAAUAAAGUGUUUUUAUUGUUUCACGUAAUAUACAUACAUUUGUUUUAUUUAAAUUGUGGGAUUUAUCGUUAUAUAUUUAACAUGCUAGAACAUGCUAGUGUUUGUCAUAGGACCUGUUUGGACAUGAAACUUUCAACACUUUGGAAAAUGGCCUCGUCCUAUUUGACUCCUCAGUGACAUGCGCACUACGUCCAUCAAUCCGUAGUCCGGAGGUCAGAGAGAGAGGCGGUAGUAGUGUAGUGAAACCGGUAAGGACGUGUUUAUCAGUAUCGACACAGGCUUACAGUGAUUGUUAUUUUUUCGAUAUGAAUCACCACUACAGACUUGAUUUGAUUCACUGUGAGAAUUUGAACUACAUCUUUACUUGAAAAUAACACCAGACAACUGACACGAACUAUUACUAAAGUAACUUAGUAGGUUACCACAGUCAGUUGCCGCUGCUGCUGCUUCGUCGCGUGCUGAAGUAUUCACUGUGUUGUUUUGUUUGCUUUGUUGUUUUUUGUUUGAGUUUUUAUAACACCGAUCUCUGCAGUGCAUCGUUGCGUUGUUUCGUUUCGUUUUGUUUUUUGUUUAAAACACAUCACGACGAUUUCAGCUGAUUUCUUCGGACGUCGAUACUGACUGACCAGAAAUGUCAGAUUUGAUGGUCAGACCUGCUUCCCCGACUCCCUCCAUUUCUCUCCCGGAGAUAAAAGCAGAGACGCGGUUGGUGCUGAAAUCUUUCCUGCGUCAGUCUCUCUCUAUUCCUCCUGGAGAGAGACCCGGACGGAUAGGAGGAGGAUAUAAAGACCCAAACAAAUACAGAUCCCUUAGAGUCGUUGCUUUGUCUGAAGUGCAGUCACUGAACGUCAGUGGGCGAAGCCAACGAUACGAUGAUGUGCUGUAUCUUUCUCUGGGGCAGAGAAGGGAAGGCUGCAGACCUGGAGCUGGCAGUGCCUCUUCAAAUGAGAAGGGGAAGAGAGAUUCGCUGAGAUGGGACUCUUUGGAUGAGGAGAUCAGUGCUGCCGAGGAGAAAAAACAUGGUCUCAAAAAUUUUAUUAAAAAAAGACUGAGACCCCGUCCAUCUAUGAUUCGCCAUGCUAAGAAAGAUAGCACUGCUGACCAGACUCAAAACAACAGUCUGGAUAGAAAGCCUCAGUCCAAACAAUCAGACAAACCGUCCUCGCAUGGAGCUCGCACUUUGCCAAAGAAAUUAGAGGAAGAGAAUAUGCACGUUUCCUCUGCAUCUGAAGAGGAAGGCGAAAGAAAAGCAAUGGACAAACAUAAGAAAAAGAAGAAACUAAAAAUUCCUAAUAUAUUAAAAAAAGUGUCGUUCAAAAAAGAGGACAAUCGUCCGCAGCGUCCAGACUCGCUCCCUAUAAAACAAGGUGUACGCAUUGCAGAACCUGGAGAACCAACUCUUUCACCUUCACAUCCUCCUGAAUUUUAUGAUGGUGUGGCAAACACCCUGGACAAAAUCGCACAGAAACACAGCACAAAAAAGAAAUCUCCUGUUAGGCCAGAGCCUGCGUCAACUACAUCCAAAGAAGACAAACAGGCAGUGGUUCAACAGCUAGUUCAGAUAUUGACAUCAGAGGGAGAUGCUAUGAAUGAUAAGAUAAACGCAAACCCGUUCCUUCGCUCUACCCUCAAUCGCCUCUCCUACGCAUCCUUUGCCAAACUCCUUGACACGUACGCCAGCGAGAGCGAAGAAUCACCCCUUCCUGCCACAGGAAGUCCUACGCUGCGCCGCAUCGCCAUAACCAUGGAAGCGUCUCGACGGGUCGUCACGGCAACCGGAGUUCAGCGGUUGACGGGGUAUGCCGAACGCUACAUGGAGAGUUUCGCACCCUGGGUGAAGAGUCACGGAGGAUGGGAAAACGUUGUUAAUUUGGAGGAGAACUCGGAGUACGAUUGACCUUGGUCAUUGACUUUAGACCUUUUUUAAUAUGAACUCUGGAUUAUGUAGCACAACCUCUAUGAGGGAAAGAAGAACUGAACAUCCAAGUGAAGAAGUGACACUACUGAAUAUGAAGUUUUUUGUGCUGAUGUAUUUAUUCUUUUAUUUUUUUCUCUGUUUUAAGUUUUUAUUGUGGUGUUUUAUACUAAAAUACACGCUGAAAAACA